AUGAUAAACUUGUCCGUUAGCAAAUUUUCUAGUAUUACUAAAAAAUAUUUUACCAUUGCUUCAGUUGUAACCGCUUAUUGGAUCAUAUCAAUAUCGGUAGUUUUCAUUAACAAAACAUUAUUUUCAUCAAAUUACAUAAAUAUUAAUUCACCAUUAUUUGUCACAUGGACUCAAUGCAUAACUUCCGUUAUCAUAUGUUAUGUAUGGAAAAAAUUAUCCGAAAUAAAUCCUAGGAAAAUUAAAUUUCCACAAAGCAAAACGUUUGCUUUGAAAACAAUCAAAACGAUUUUACCAGUUAGUUUUUUAUUCGUAUUAACAAUCGGUUUUAGUAAUUUAGCAUUAAGUUUUGUCGAAGUUUCUUUUUAUUUUAUUAGCAGGAGUUUAACGACGGUUUUUAAUAUAUGUUUAAGUUAUUUAAUAUUACAUCAGACAACGUCUAAAAAAUCAAUUUGCUGUUGUUGCAUUAUUAUUUUCGGUUUUUUUUUGGGUGUCGAUCAAGAAAAUGUCGUGGGAAGUUUUUCACUAAAGGGUACCCUGUUUGGAGUUUUCGGUUCAUUAUCUCUCAGCCUGUAUUCAAUAUACACUAAAAAAGUUUUGAACGAACUCGAUAAUCAAGUAAUAUUAUUAUCAUAUUAUAUUAAUAUAUAUUCAUCGAUACUUUUCAUACCAUUUAUUAUAUUAAAUGGCGAAUUGACAAAUUUAUAUUCUUUUAAUUUUAACGAUUAUUAUUUUUGGUUUUUGACCGUCAUCGGGGGAACAUUUGGAUUCCUCAUAGGAUUCGUAACUGCACUGCAAAUAAAAGUAACAAGUCCUUUGACACAUAAUAUAUCAGGUACUGCAAAAGCUUGUGCUCAAACUGUUGUCGCAACAUAUUGGUACGAUGAAGUGAAACCCUUACUCUGGUGGUUUUCUAAUUUUGUCGUUCUCUUCGGAAGUGCUGCAUAUGCAAGAGUGAAACAAUUGGAAAUGAUAAAAACCUAA